AUGGUACAAUCAUUUAUCCUACUACUUCUUUUCCUUGCGCUUGCCCAUGGCGACCAUAGAUCAGGACAACGCUGGGCAAGAACUGCUCGAUCUUUCAAAUUGGGCGUAAUCAAAAGUGUGACCAACAGUGGGCCAAAUGAUUGGCUUGGAAAUUGGGAUUGGGCCAUCGAUUCCUGGAGUCAAUCCAAAGUAUUGGAUCUUGUAACGGUUCGAGGCGCAACUGACUAUCAGACACGGCUUGAUUGUCCCGCGAGGGAAGGCUACAUUCGCGUUUGCAACAACGACUAUGGCCGAACGAGUUGGCGAGGAAUGGCUCGAUGGAGUUUUCAACUCUACGAUGGGAAACCUGGUCUAAUUUAUCAGUGUACCGUUAGACUAAAUGAUCGAACGGAUACCGAUUAUGAAAGAAAGUGGUUGGGCCAUGAGAUUGGACACUGCUUGGGACUAGACCAUACCAGUACCAGUGGCCAGUCGGAUAAUAGCGUCAUGGAUUAUUCGGUAGCACCCACAAGCAUUGGUCCCAGUCCAAAAGACCUUGCCGUCUUGGAAAGUGUGUAUUCGGAUAUCGAUUGGUUUGAUUCGGCAGCCCGUCUGGAUCCACUGACGUGCCCGCCCUCCAAGUUGGCCCAAGUCGCAGCCGCCUGUUCUUGCAACGGACCGUCCCCUGGAUUUGCAUGGUUCAAUGAACAAGAAUAUCUCACAUGUGUGGGUUUCAUUGUCGAGGAUACUGGUUGCAACAAACAAGACGUAGUUGACCUUGCCAAAUGCAUCCCAUUUGAUCUUCCAACAGAAGAUGAUUCACCACCACCACCACCCACCAGCCAACCACCGACCAUAAGUCCAACCAGGAGACCGACACCGGUCCCCACCAGGGCUCCCAUCACAAUCGAGCCAUCCGAAGUGCCAUCCGACAAACCAAUCAUUCGCCAGCCAGGAGAAAGAUCUCCGUCUACUGGCAAUGGCAAUGAUCCCACGUCCGAACCCAGUGACUUUCCCACACGCAGGCCAUCCCCAUUACCGACUGACGUUCCUACUGCCAACCCCACUUCCAAGAGUAGCGACUCUUGUUCUCCCAUCUUGUUGUCCCGACUGGCCCAAGAGUGCGAUUGUUUUGGUCCACGGAACCAAGUACAAGUCCCUUGGGCAGUCGAGGAUGAAUAUCUGCAAUGCGUCGACUUUGCCGCAAAAAAUACACCCUGCCCCGUCCAAGCCUUGAUUGAUUUUGCUGGUUGCUUGCCUUUUCCAAACCCAACACCAACACCGACGUUGACACCGACCAUUCCAGGCAGCGCCGAGAGACUAUCGACCUCAUCUCCUUCGGUGAAUGUCGAUGAUGUGCUGAUCUCGCCACCAACGGUUGUGAUUGACGUCACUCCUGUCAUUAAUACCAAUCCUCCAACAAAUCCUCCAACCCGAGGACCCAUAUUUCCUCCCACGACCCAAGCACCAACAACGCUUUCUCCCACCACCCAAUCUCCCACCACCAAGAAUAAUAUUAAUCCAGCUGCCGAGUGCAGCAGUGCCGAAGUGGCCCGAGUCUCCUCGGAAUGCAAUUGCAGUGGCCGCCAGAACCAAAAGCCUUGGAAGCAUCAACGUGACUAUGAGCGUUGCGUCAAAAAGGCCUUGGAGCAGAGUCCAGCAGCAUGCACCUUGGAAUCCUUUCUGGAUGCCACUCGUUGUGUGAUAUUUCCUGAACGAAAUGGCGGCGGUGACGAUUCCAACAAGAAAAAGAAGAAGAGGACCAAGAAGAACUUGGUUUCUGCUCCCACCGCCCCCAAUGGCGGCAAUAGCAGCAGCAACAAUAACAGCAAUCCAGCAGGUCCUGUUUGCAGUCAAUACAGCAAUGAAAAUGGCUGCAAGACUGGAAAGUGCAAAUGGUCCAAGAAAGAGAAUCAAUGUCAAAGCAAGAACAGUCGUCGUCACCGGCAGUUGUUUUACAAAGACGAUCAAUAUCAAUAUCAUUCCAAUAUGAUCCCAAAGGAAGAAACCAAAGAGCAACAUACACUUCGUGCUUCCUUUGGUCAAGUGUACAACAGUGUUACCAUUGAUGAAAGCGACAAAUGCCAUUAUGAUCGGGAAUCCUUUGGGGUACCUCCCGAAGCCACCUUGGUGAUUUCAACUCCGAACUCUUGCCGGUAUGCCAUAUUGCAAUCUGGCGGAACGAAGGUCGAUGUGAUCGAAGUCUUGUUGUAG